AAUAAGGAAGUGGAACCCGUGGAAUCUGUGAACGCCGGUUGUCAAGCACAGUGGUGGGCUGGUCGGAGGUCUCUGACCCCCUCAUUUCCAUUUCUUGGAAGAAAAGACAAGACCAAAAGAGAUACGAGAGAAAAGGGAAGGUGGCAGCGAGGGACCAGUGAGCCAUUUCUCUUUUUAUUACCUUCAUUCACAAAACCGUUGCAUCCCAUUAUCACAGCGAUGUAGAGGCAUUCUCUCCGAUUGGAGGAGGAAGGGUCCCAUUGACUGAUAGAGGAUUAGCCCCUCUCUCCAUGCGGUAGCCCUUUUCAUCGCAGUCGCCCUCUCAUCUCUUGCCGCUCUUCUUAUGUUUGCUGUGUUCCUAUGUUUCCUCUGUUUUCUCCUCCCUCGUAUUCUUGUUUCUUUUCAGUCGAGUCAGGGAUCGGGAGGCACUGCGUUUGGGUAGAAGUGGGUGUUUCUGUCAUUGUGUUUGGUGCCUGUACAGAGGAGAGCUGAGCAAGGAGUGUGAAAGAAAGCUUUGGAGAUAAUAAAAAGGCAGCCUGAAAGAAAAGAGGGGAGGGGAGAGACCUGGGACUCUAGAAAACAGCUGACAGCCAAUGGCAUGUGAAUUGUGAUGAAACGAAAACUGUUACAGAGACUGUCAACCAUUUUAAGGUAGCUCUUCAUUGAGAACAUUGCCUCUACUUAGGGGGGGAAAGAGGCUGUGUACCAAACUAUCACUGCUGGUUGGAUUCUGCUAUCCCUGUUGCUAAGCAAAGCCUCUAAUCUAAAGUUCUUUGGGAGACAGUACUGAUCACUCUACAGCAAUGAAGGGAAGCUCUGAGGAAAGCAUUGAAAGCGUCAAGCCCUCCAACCUGCAAGCUUUUGCCAACAUAUCCACCCUACAUGGCAUGAGCCACAUAUUUGCCUAUGGGCACAUGACAUUCCGUCGAUUUCUUUGGACUCUUUCAUUCCUAGGUUCAUUGGGCUUACUGAUGCUGGUCUGCAUGGACCGAGUGUCAUAUUAUCUCGAGUAUCCUCAUGUGACUAAGCUGGAUGAAGUGGCAGCAACAAACCUCACCUUCCCAGCAGUUACGUUUUGUAACCUCAAUGAGUUCCGCUUCUCCAAAAUCACCAGAAAUGACCUUUAUCAUGUAGGAGAGCUCCUGGCCCUCCUCAAUAACAACUACCAGAUAGCCAACCCUCACUUAGCGGAGCCUGAGGUUCUGGCUGCACUAAAGGACAAGGCAAACUUCCAGAACUUCAAGCCUAAACUCUUCAACAUGACUGACUUCUACAACCGCACAGGGCAUGACAUCGGUGACAUGCUACUGCAGUGCACCUUUCGAGGGGAGGAUUGCUACCCUGUGAAUUUCAGCACGAUUUACACACGAUAUGGGAAAUGCUACACUUUCAACUCGGGAUUAGACGGCAACCCUUUGCUAACCACAUUAAAAGGUGGGACGGGGAACGGCUUAGAAAUCAUGCUGGAUAUCCAGCAGGAUGAAUACCUGCCCGUGUGGGGAGAGACAGAUGAGACCUCCUAUGAAGCAGGGAUCAAGGUUCAGAUCCACAGCCAGGACGAGCCACCGUUCAUUGAUCAGCUGGGAUUUGGUGUGGCCCCUGGUUUUCAAACUUUUGUGUCAUGCCAGCAGCAACUGCUUCAGUACCUCCCACCGCCUUGGGGAGAUUGCAAGUCUACUCCGAUAGACUCUGAAUUCUUCUCCACAUACAGCAUCACAGCAUGCCGCAUCGACUGUGAGACCCGGUACCUGCUGGAGAACUGCAACUGCAGGAUGGUUCACAUGCCGGGGACUUCAACAGUUUGCACACCUGAGCAGUACAAAGACUGUGCUGACCCAGCUUUAGACUUUUUGGUAGAGAAAGACAACGAUUACUGUGUCUGUCAGACCCCCUGCAACAUGACUCGCUAUGGCAAGGAGCUGUCCAUGGUUAAGAUUCCCAGUAAGGCAUCUGCUAAAUAUCUGGCUAAGAAAUUCAACAAAACUGAGCAGUAUAUUGGAGAAAAUAUACUGGUGUUGGACAUCUUCUUUGAAGCCCUGAAUUAUGAGAAAAUUGAGCAGAAGAAGGCCUAUGAAAUUGCAGGGCUUCUCGGUGACAUUGGAGGUCAGAUGGGGCUGUUUAUUGGAGCAAGUGUUCUAACCAUACUGGAAAUAUUCGACUAUUUAUAUGAGGUGUUUAAGGAUAAGGUUCUGGGUUACUUCAUCCGCAAGAAACGGCCACAGCGUUGUCAAAGCGACAAUCUGGAUUUUCAAGAGAACCCAACCAGCCCUGGUGUCACGCCUAAUCAUAACCCCAGAGCACAUGUGACACCCUCCGGAGUCACUCGGACAGCCUUGGAUUCACGCCGAACAUGUUACCUCGUCACCCGACUUUAGGCAACUUCGAGGAGUUUGCUUGUUGACAGCAUACAGUAGGGGGCUGGGUCGCGUCUGGAGACCUGACAGCAAACUGUGAAAUCAUUUGUGUAUUUGACAGAAAGUGGUUGAGUUUAUGCUCAAAUAUAGUACAGUUUAACAAUGCCUGAAUAGAAAUAGAAUACUAUCAACAGAAAAAAAAAAAAAGAGAGACACCACUUCCAAAACAGAACUCAGGUUUAACUGCCUUGUCACGGCACCGGUGUUACCCAUGUUUCAUUUUGUGGGUUAGUCUUUUUGUUAUACAGUUACUUUACAGCAUACCUUUGGUAAAUGUGUGCAGAAGAGGGUUUUUUAACUGUGCUGAGAUUCAUACUGCUGUGCAUCAGUCAAUCAAAAAAAAAAACAAUUGUGGACUGCUAUGUGUAGCAAUGUUAAUCAACAGUGUAACGCCUCCAGCAUCUAAUCAAUGCUGUGUAUCCAGUGACCUUAUAUUUCACCUGUCACUGUCACUGUUUAAAUAUACAAAUGUUUUUUUGUUUGUUUGUUUGUUUUUUUAAAUCUGCUCCACUUUGAGUUUAUUGUUGGUUAAAAGAGCUAAAAUGCUAAACUAGUGUUAAACGUUGCCUUUUGUUACAUUGAGGCUAUGAAUUGUCUCAUUGAUUAGAAGACUGUGCUUUCUCCUUUUAAAACCUGGGGAGGAACUUUAUUAAUUGUACAUAUGCAACCAUUACACAUUUAGUUUCACGGGGGUCCAAGGACAAUUAAGACUAACACUGAAUGGUUUUGUUGACUGGAGUAAUUUUUACACACAUUGCAAUCAGAAAAGAAAGCCAGGAGGAGAAAAGAAAAGCAGUUGAUUGUAUCGUCACAUAGCUGACAUUUCAUUUCAUUUCAUUUAAGUGGCAUUUCCCAUUUUUGGGAGGCACUUUUAAUGUUAUCAGUCCCUUAUAGGGACCCUAUCUUCUUGUACUACUUCAGAUGAAAUGGUCAGAAGCCGCCCCUCUUCACCCCACUGGAUGCAGGAUCACGUGAUAACAUCGGUUCUGAUCACUGAUAAAUAUAGAGCAACCUAUAGAGUGAUUUUGUUCUUCAAACUUAACCUUUUUCAGUGUCUUAAAAAGCAAAGUAAAAGGUUAAUAAAAAAUUGCAUGGUUAAAAUGUCAUCUCUUUAUCCCGUACUCAAGCAUAUGUGGGCAGUUGUUGCAGACCCACUGCUGGUUUUAUUAUAAUAUCCGCAAAGACAAACCCUCCUGCACAUGGAACAUAGAGGUUUUAAAAAUAUGUGCACAUCAGAGUGCAAUAUAAUGGACCCUAGUGCAUAAACUGGGAGGCAGGAGGGAAAAAAGGAAAACGAAAAAAAGGAUUAAGUAAAAACCCUUCAGGAAACAGGAUAUCCAAAAAUCGAAACAAGGAGAAACACUGUGCUGAAAGAUGGGUAGAGAAACAAUGGAUUAGCAGGGUAAGGAGGACGGACGUGGCAAUAUAGAGACACACUAACGAGGGCCAACCAUAGACUAUAUAAAACAAUGGACAAUGCAUAAGGUCGGGUGACAAAUUGGUUCCUGAAGAGCAGUUUUGAAGCACCCUACGCCCCAUGUAAACCAAAGUUUCCUUCUUCAGCAGAUCCCUUUCACUAAAUAUUUCCAGAGCUGCUGGCAGACUUUAACAACAGAAUAUUCCAUUUAACACGUUGACCUGACAGCGAAAUAAAAAGAUUAUUAUCACAUAGAGCCGACACUGGGUUAAUACAAACGGAUGGUUGCUUGACUGAGCGCAGUACCAUGUCUAUUACGGAUGAGGAAGUGGUAACGGCGAGCCAUUGGCUGAGCUGACUGUCAAUCGAUCAUACUAGAAAUAAAUGUAAUGCUUUAUAUAAAUUCUCCUGGUGUGGUGCAAAAAACAAAUAACCCCCUUCAAAGUUGUUAUGGCUAUGAAAUCAAACGAUUGAGACCAAAACAGUUUUUUGAACCAGGCUGUAAAUAUGUUUAUUUCUGCUCUAAAGUUGGACAUUUUAACAUUGGAGUCAAUGGAGAUUGACUCACUUCUGCAGCCAGCAUCUAGCGGCCAGUUGAGGAACUGCAACAUAUCUUUAGU